AUGUUUGAACCGAAGACCAUACAGGAAGUGGUCACGCCGACGAUGAUGAUGAAUACCUUUGUCGGCAUGGGAACUUGGUCUACCAAGAAGGGCAAAUUUUUAAACAUUACAUACUCGUUGAUCUGUCUGGUGAUGUAUUGCAUCGUGAUGAAGAUGUCGAUAAAAUACUUGGGAUCUUAUUAUGUGCACAAAACAAAAUCACUCGGAGAUUAUACAUUUCAAGGUAUUUUCUACGCCAACAUCUGUCUGACGAUCUGCCUCAUCCCUUGUGGCUGGUUCAGGAGAAAGUACAUGAAAGCAGCAAUGAUGCGCAUAGUGAUGUGCGAGAAAUCUUUGGAACAAAUCGGAUUAGACAAGAACUAUCGGAAAUUGUAUCGGAAUCAGAUUUAUACUCUCGUACUCGUCAUUGUAGUAUUCAUCGUAUUCACAGUGGCUAAUUAUAAAGAGAUGUUCAUGGAGAAUACACCUAUGCUUAUGAAAGUUGUCAUUAUGUUUGCCUAUAAUUAUCCCGUUGGUUUGCUCUACGUGAAUGACAUAUCGUUCUUACACUGGGUCAGAUACUCGAAGACUCGGUUCACUCAACUGAACAAUCUGCUGAAACGUAUGUUAACGACUACGCCAGAUUCGCCGCAGCACAAAAGAGUACUGAAAAUGAAGGAUGAUUGGGACAAGGCCAUCGCAUCCUCGCUGGACGAAUCUAAGGAUAAGGAUAAUAUCAACACGAUGAGAGCCGUCAAGCAAGUUCAUUUGGAACUAAUCAAGUCUAGCAGAAGUGCAAAUGAUGCGUUUGGCAUGCAGAUUCUCUUUUCUAUGACGGUGUCGUUUGUAUUCAUCACUAGUCUCUUAUACUACGCUUACAAGAUUUUCUGGAACGAGUUGGGUCCUAACGAAAAUUGGGAAAGUAGGAAGAGGGAAGUAAUACCAGUCCUUAGCUGGAUUCUGUUUUACUCAUCAAAGAUCCUCAUCGUAAAUCAUUUGUGCGCAAUGACGAGCAUACGGGAUUUCACUCUGCAACUGAUACAGAAUCCGUUGACAUUCACGGCGUGUGGAUUCUUUAAUCUGGAUCAUACAUUCAUUCAUGGAGUGAUUGGCUCGGUUACUACGUAUCUCGUGAUUCUUAUCCAAGUUGGAGAUUUACCCACAGGAAACCCGAAUAAACCACCAAAUACUACUAUAAGAUUCAUCGAGUCGAACUUUACUAUGACCGAUGCAUUUACAACCGUUACUUCUCCGUAA